GGGUUUUUGUGCCUGAUCCGGAGUGAACUCGUAGGACAGUAAAUCUGGAACUAGAAGUUAUUUUGAAAAGUUUCAUCAGUGGAGGAGAUUGGGAUUUGUUGUACCUCUCACUGAUUUCUCGAAGUCACAGUUCAAUUGUGGGGGUUUUGUUUUAAGUUGCAGCAGCGAGAGCAUUCGUGUGAAAUCUCGCUGCUUUCCACUUCUGCUGAUAUCGUCCUAGGAAAUUUGGUCAUUUCUCUAUAGUUCUUCCAUUGUGUGACUGGUUCAAUUGUGUCACAUCGAAGCGUGAUCUCCUGCAAAUUUUUUAUAGACCUUGCAGGUUUUUGCUUCGGAGGGAAACAGCCACGUUGAGACGGGUUGUAGUGAGUUCGAUUUGAGAUUGGCUUUUGCAAAAGCUAUAGUUUGAUCUCUCGACAGACUCAGUCGAAAGUUCGUGUACUGUGAAUGCGUUGACAACCGCACCAGUGUCUCUAAUUCAUCCCCUACAUCUGUGGCGGCUAGAGCAGACUUCAUACAAUCAUGGCAACAAUUGGAGGCAUGCUGCUAGGCCACGACCUCUCAACAGUACUCCAGUGUGAGAAAAGCGGCGUCAAAUACUACGAUUUCGAUUCCUCGGAAUGUAAGCCUCCUGAACAGAUAGUAGCAGCUCAUGGCGCGAAUCUUGUCCGACUCCGCUUGUGGGUGAACCCCCCAGCAGGUUUUAGCGACUACGCAAGUGUGCUGGAGAUGGCAAAACGAGCCAAAAAAGCCAACCUGAAAGUUCUGCUGUGUCUUCACCUCUCGGACUACUGGGCCGAUCCAGGCAAGCAGUUCACCCCUGGAGCAUGGGCAAACCAAGACUGUAAAACGCUGUGCAAGACUGUCGAAGAGUAUGUCCGUUACAUCAUCGAAGCUUUGCAGCGCCAAGGAACGCCGCCCUUCAUCGUUGCAGUCGGCAACGAAGUGUCCAACGGCAUAUUAUGGCCCACAGGUGCGCUCAGCAACAUAUCACAGUUCACAUCUCUCCUCAAGAGCGGCCUGGCAGCGGUGAAGGAGAAGGGGAUUGCAAGCAUGGUGCACAUCAACAACGGCCAGGACAAGGACUUGGUCACAUGGUUCAUGGGCAUGAUGGUCGCAAAUCACGUCUCCUUCAAUUACUUAGGCUUGUCUUUCUACCCUGCAGACGGCGCCAAGCUCUCCGACCUAAAAUCGUCUCUAGAAACGGCAGCGACGCGCUACAACAAGCCCAUGGUCGUCGUCGAAGUGGCCGAGUCGUGGGCCCCUUCGCCAAACUGUCCCGAAACACAAGAAUCCUUGAUGACAGAGCUUCUCAAGGUUGUGAGCAGUGUCCCGAGGGGUUUAGGAGCUGGGGUUUGCUAUUGGGAAUCAGCUUGGGUCCCUCCAGGCGAAGCGUACCCCGGCGAAGGCUGCCAUUACGGCUACCGCGCCCUGUGGAACGAGCAAGGGAGGCCGCUUCCUGCCCUUCGAUGCUACGAAUUCUACGCGAAGGGCCCAUUGCAGCCCACGAUGCACACGCGACGACACCAUUUCUGGGGUCUCGGUAGGAGCCAUGAAGGAAAAGACGAAUUGUAGGCGACAUGGCCGAGGUUGAAUCCACACACACGCACACACACACGUCGUGAUGCUGCUGCUGCAGUCUCACUCUCAAUCUUCUUCGCUCGGUGUCGAUGCGCUUCCUCCUUUAAGGUCGUCCGCUUAAAGUAUAUGUACUUUAACGUAUUCAUGUACUUUAAAAGUAUUCCAGAACAUACCGAAAGCCAAGUGUAUUUAGUCGGGGGAGCUGUAGCACAUAAGCUUACCUAACACAGAUUGUAUUCUUUUGGUAUCUUCUUCUUCUUCUUCUUCUUCUUCUCAUGUUUAUCUUUUAGGGUUUUUGUAUUACUUUUUAGUUUGUUUUUAUUUUAUUUUAUUCAUUUUUAUUUUAGGAGAAUUGUAUUCUUGAAGAGCUUUAGUUUUUUUUAUUUUCUAGGUUUACUUUUUUUUUAUUUUUAUUUCAUUGGACUUUUUAAAGAAAAUAUCCUUUUGGUGUUGGAGGUAUAUAUUUUUUUCUAUAAUGAUUUUGAAAAUCUGAAAUUUGUGACGUGUUA